CUUCAAGGACUUCAAGUGGUAUAGGAGGAACAGAAUUCAGCCUUUUUUCAUUCUUUCAAAGAACUAAAACAAUUGUUACGGAAGCAGAAUACUAUAUUUCUUCAGAUCAACUUUCGUUUAAUGAUAUCGAUAGUCUUGAGCGAAUACACGAAAGGCUUUCUGAAGCUGGAGAUACAGUCUUCACUUUAAAGGAGAGAGCAUUAAACCUCGUUGCUGACAUCGAGAUGGAAAACUUUUACAAUGACAUGGACGAAUUAUCUACGUAUUUAAAUCGACUUCGAACUUUUUUCCAAAAUACUAUCAAUGGUCUACAAGAUCAGAUUACUUGCACCCCAGCAUACAGUUGCGCCAGGAUAUACACAGGCAUGAGAGGUCAGCCACGAAUUGAAAUAUCUAAGAGACAGAUUGAGUGCCUCAGAGAAUUACACUUUUCUUGGACUAAAAUAGCCGAAUUAUUAGGCAUUUCUCUAAAAACUUUGCAACGAAGACGCGAAGAAUUCCAAAUUGACAAUGGGGAGUCGUGGUCUACAAUCAAUGACAAUGAUCUACGAGAAGUCAUGCAAGAAAUUAUGAGUAUUACACCUGGCAUUGGGCAGACACGUAUGUUAGGUGCCCUAAAAAGUCGAGGAAUAAGAGCCCAACGUUCACGUGUAAGGGUUAUGAUGCGUGAGUUGGAUCCCAUAGGAACUGCACUUCGUUGGCGAGGAGCAAUUUGUAGAAGAAAUUAUUCUGUGCGUUGUGCGAAUGCUUUGUGGCAUAUAGAUGGGAACCACAAAAUGAUACGGUGGCGCAUUGUGGUACAUACAUCUAUUGACGGGUACUCAAGAUUAAUACCAUAUCUUUAUUGUGCUAAUAACAACAAAUCGAUUACAGUUCUACAGUUAUUUCAAAAUGCUUGCCAAUCAUAUGGUUUACCUUCAAGGGUAAGGUGUGACCAUGGCCUUGAAAAUGUAGGUGUUGCUCGAAUGAUGUUGGAGUGUCGUGGCAUUAAUCGAGGAAGCAUUAUCACUGGUGCUUCAGUGCACAACCAACGAGUAGAGAGACUACACAGAGAUGUUACUACUGGUGUUCUUAAGGCAUAUAUUGAUGAAUUUUACAGAAUGGAAAGUUCUGGUCUUCUAAACCCUGAUAACGAAAUACAUAUCUUUUCACUUCACCUUGUUUUUUUAAAAGUGAUUAAUAAUUCCUUAGAAGAGUUUAUUGAUCAGUGGAAUCAUCAUGGCAUUAGUACAGAAAGAGGAUCAUCACCAUUACAACUUUGGUCAGAAAGUAUAUUAAGAUGUGCAACAGAAAACAAUUCAACAUUAGAUGAUAUUUUAGUUAAUGAAGAAGUAGAAUCAUACAAUUUACAAGGUGACAAUGAGUUUGAAAAUGAUGCGGCUGGAGUUGUUGUACCUCAAAGUUCAGUUAAUUUAAGAGACGAUCAGCUGGCAUAUGUUCAAAAUUUAGCCAACCAGAACAACAACAGGUAUAACAUAAUUCAGACAUAUGUUCAAGUUGUAAAUGCUAUUAAUAUGAUGGUGGAAUAAUUUAUAAUAAUGCAGUAAAGCUGAUAGAAAUUAAAAGAAACUCAAGUCUGGACAUUUCAGCAAAUACUUUGCUUCAAAAUAUCAAAAACAGUUUUAUAUUUCAAUCCAUUGAGUUCUUUCAAUAGUGAAAUAAAA